CUUGCAAUCUGUGAAGGCCUCUAUCAGCCGUAAAGACAACGUUCUAAUCUAAAUAAUUUGUCGUAAUGUAUAAAAGCGCAACAGGUAGUCGCGCCCGAUCACUUACAUAAGUACCAUAUUUGUAAUAGUACCGAUAAAACAAUGUUCAAGUUUUUGGUAUGGCACGUGCUGCUACUUGGCGUUUCUUGCGAACUCUUCGACCACGAACUCGGCUACCGUGUCGAAUAUGCACCGACGUACGACAAUUACAAACCGCGAGACUAUCACUUUAGCUAUGCCGUUUCGGACCCUCACACAGGGGACCAUAAAUCCCAAUGGGAAGUCAAGGAAAAUGGGGUGGUACGUGGUGCCUACAGCCUACUAGAACCAGAUGGUACCACCAGAGUUGUAGAGUAUGUGGCGGACCAUGAUGGGUUCAGAGCAGUAGUCAAGAAAAUAGGCACCGCCAUUCACCCAGAACCCGUCAUCGCAGUACCACAACCUAUAGUACCAGAAGUAGCACAUUUCCGCAGUUACGAUGGGCAAAUUUACAACUACGCCAACUCGGCGCCUCUUGUAUUACAAAAUGUACACCACGAAGUACCAGCACGUAGCUUCGUCCAGGUGCACCAUCCUCCUGAAGUCCAACACGAAGUCAGAGUACCAGAAGUUCCUCAACAUGAAAUUCGAGUCGAAGCAGUACCACUACCCCAUCAUGAAAUCAAAGUACCGGAAAUAACGCAACAUGAGGUCAGACCUCUUCUUCACGUACCAAUUGGUCAAGAAUAUGGAAAAAUUGAGGCAGUACCUUUACCUCAACACGAAAUCAAAGUACCCGAAAUAACGCAACACGAAAUCAGACCCGCCCUUUAUGAGUAUGGAAAAGUUGAGGCCAUACCCCUACCCCAACACGAAAUCAGGGUACCAGAAGUACCACAACACCAAAUCACUCGCCUUAUUCAGGUACCAUCCAUAACCCAACACUAUGCGCCCCAACAUGCGUUACGAACCAUUGAACAAUACGCUUUGCCAUUGCCCUACCAUGAGGUAAGGGUACCAGAAGUACCGCUAGUACACCAGGAAGUAGAGCGACAACAUAUAAGAGUACCGGAAGUAUCACAAGUGCACCAGGAAAUAGAACAACAAUAUAUAAGAGUACCGGAAGUACCACGAAACGAAAUAGCCCAUGGGCAAGUACCACUGGAACCAGUGGGCCCUAGCUACAAAACUACCAUCAUUUAUGGUUUAACCGGAAAUCCGGAAGACGACUCUCGCUACUCGCAACCACAGGAAAAGUACCAUGCUUCGUAUUCCGAAAAGGUACCAAAUGUGGUACCACCACCACAACCAUCCAAGGCACACUCUGACCACAAGCGCGAAAGCGCCCCCAAAGAACAAUUUUUAAUCGUUUUUCCUGAUCGCUCCAAUUAAAAAAUUCUCUGUUUUUUGUCUAAUAAACUAAUUUUUAUCUAAAUUAAAGGUUUUGCGUCCGUAUUUUUCUAUUAAUAUUAGUUUUUCGUAGCAUUGUUGACAGACUUAGGGUAAAAGUGUGUAAAAUAACACUGAUUUUUUCCAAACUGGCGAUUAGUUAAGGUGUUAAUAAUCAGGUGCGGGUCUCAAAUCUGACACUAACAAUUAAAUAGGGCCAAAGGGUUGAUGUCUCACUCGAAUUUCACGGAAAUUAUCGGUGUAUCAUUGUGUUGUGGCAGUUUUAAGGGUGAGUGAGUCGACUGACCUCAAUUCGAAACUCUUGUAUCUAAGUCAAUACGUUUAAGUAAUAAAUUAACUUUUUGAAAUUG